GGCGGCAGCGGACCAAUUGCGGGCGAGAGCCACCGCUAUCCAUUUGGGGCUUCUUACAACUCGCAUCCUGCGACCCAAAAAUUGAAAGACGUCACGCACUCGCACUCCUGUGCUGUAAUCGAAUUCUACCAUUACAACCAAUCUACCUCCUACCUAGUCAGCAGUCUCCUGCCCGUUACAAGCAUGAGGGAUGCCCUUUCGCCCGGCUUCUCUACCAUUGCCAGGUGUACCUCUCCGCCGCGCGAUCCCUUUUCUUCCUACGAAAUGCUUGUUAGAUGGAGCACGAGCACGCGGACGCUACUUCUCACAAACGCCUGCGGCACGACAGUCCGGUGAUGCUCCGAACCACUAUGCAGUACUUCAGAUCAAGCAGAAUGCUACCGCUGCCGAGUUAAAGAAGCAGUUCUAUGUGCUUUCGAAAGAAACACAUCCCGACAGGAAUCACAAUGACCCCAAGGCAGGAGAACGCUUCGCCCAGAUAAGCGAGUCGUACAGCGUGCUGGCAAAUCCGGAGAAGAGGAAGCGCUAUGAUCGAGAUGUGAUGCGCGUCCAUACACACCGACACAGUCAUGGCUCGCACUCGAGCCAUCAAAGGUCAACAUAUGCCGGUCAUCGUCCGGCCACCGGGCUAAGCAAGAGACGGAGCGCUUUUAAGGGCCCGCCUCCCUCUUUCUACGCACAUGGGAAGCCUUCCGCGAACACGACGAACCAGGCUCAUGCGAGUCAAGCUGGACCUCAGCCUCACAUGGGCGGAACGUUCAACACAGGCGCCUACACAGAAGACGGCCGAUUUGAUCCGGCCUUCGAUGCUCAUAGCACCUACAAAACGCAGACACACGAGGACUAUAGAAGGGCAAAUAGACGUGCGGUGGAAUUGGCUGCCGCAGAGGCAUCCAUCGAGGCCGAUAAUUUCUGGGGACGAUUUAUCGUCGUCUCAGCCAUCAUAGUCUUGGGUGUCUCUGUCGGGACCAUUGUGGUGUCGAUGGCGAACUCCCCUCGAGGCGGGCUUACUCGAGCAGACGGAAGUCGCAGAGACGGACCCAGGAACGAUUGGACGAAAGGUUAGCAGGAUUGUAUCGAUAGACCUUCAAUAUUGUAUAAAGAGGGGCGCAAUGGAGGACGAGAUUCGCUUGUGGGAUUGAUUCGAUCAACACAGGACCAUGACGGUCGCCCAUGAAUCGCGAUCACUAAAAUGGCCAGAUGCCAUGUCUUCUUCUAUGCCUCUUUGUACAAUCUGAUCCAGUGUGGCUACGGAAAUACAGUUGAGUGGUGCAUGCGCUUAUCCCUCGAACGUGAACGACGCACCAACCUUGUGCGCAGCUUGGUUGAGGUUUUGGGUAUCGAGCGAAGCACCGAGUCCAAGGGUGACACCGGUUCCGAGCUUGACGUUGUAGGCAAGGGCGGCGAUACCACGGUCGUUGAUUUUGGCCU